AAAAUAUUAAAUAAAUCGUCCACGGGCAAACUAGAACCAAACUCUGAACGAGUAACGGAGCCGUUCUAAAGAAAAUGGAUUAACUACUACUACUACUAUUAAUAACAGGCUCACCUGGCUGCCAAUAGGUUGUAUUUACUUCAGAGAAUCCCAAAACUAUAGCUAAAUCAAACGUGUUGUGAACUGUGGAAGUGGAUUAAGGGGAGUCUGCAAGGUGCAAGAAUAAGUUGAAAAUGUUAUAAACACAAAAAAGCAUUGAAAAUGUAUCUACUAUUGUUAACAACUUUCCUUGGCUCUGCCGAAAUGCUAAUUCCAGGAUUUAUCCAAUUUCUGCUGAAGGUGGUUGGUGGUGAAAGUGUGGCCGAACAGAAAAUUAAGCAUGAAAUUACAAAAAUGAGGCAACAACUUCAGACCAUCAGCAUGGUAGACCAAUUUGCUUCGUAUGCCAAAGUUCAACGCAAGAUUAAUUUGCUGAAUCAGCAUUACAAAGAUAAAGUGAUGGAACGCUUUAUUGGAGAGCAGAAUAUUCGCUUACGAAUAACUGGAGUUCUCUGGGCAGUCGUCGCACUAUUGUGUUUAUGGGUAGUUUGGGAGCACCGGUCAAAUGCUGUAGUGGCUCUCCCCUAUGAUUUGGUAUGGCCUCUGGGACCUUUGCUAGCAUUUCCAUCAUGCCAGGUUGGAGAGAUCAGUGUUGUGGUAUGGAUGGGAAUCAUAAGGGCUGUGUGCUACAGGAUAAGCAAGAGUAUUGGUUCUACAGCGCAGAAAACCACAAAUCUUCCUCCAGGUCAAACAGUUCCUCAAGUGGCCACAGGAACCCCAGUAGCUCCGCCACUUGACUGAGCGAUAGAAUAAGACCUGUGUGGAGUCAUCAUGAAAAUGUCCCAUUUUGCCUGUUCUUUUCUUCUUUUUGAAAAUCAUCGUUGUUGAUUAGCUUAGAAAACCAUAUUUCUUUUGUAGGAAAACCACACGUUUCCAGAACAAAAGAUCCCCUCUACGCAUCUCCUUCAUCACCCUAACUUUAGUGUGACUUGGCAGCAUCACACGGAAGCACUCCCAGAAUCACUGCUUGCUGUGUUUUGGAAGUCUUUACUUCUUAUUUCAUGUUCAUUCCUUCCUUCAUCCUCAUUUUUAUAGGGAAUCUUUUGUUUGUACAGGAUUUUAUUGAUGUAAAUAAUUUUUUUUUCUUUUUUUUUUUCUUUUUGAGUAGUGAGGGCUGGCAUAUGACACUGUCUUUUGAUGGUUACUGUAAGUUUUCCCUUUUUAUUUUACAAUUUAUUUUCCCAUUCAGGUGUUUCUGUUUUAUUUUAAUCUUAAUUUCUUUCUAAUUUCAUCCAGUUGUUGAAUAUUUGUUACUCUCCACAGUUCAGUAGUACAAAUAGUGUUUUACUCUUGUUUCUUUUGGUUUCUUCCCACAUAACUGUCCAAUUACUUUAACUUUCCUUGAUCCAUUUUUGCCUUUCAUUUAAGGACAAAUCUUUCAUCCCAUUCUGUUUAUUCUAGAAAUUUGAUGUACUGUCUUGUUGAACAGCAUUGUGAUAAUACAGUACAACAGUUCAGUCUUCAGUUAUAUCUUGAUGUUAAUAGUAACUUGUAAGUGCUGGAUUGUAUACUAUAUUUUGUAAUUAUUGUUGUCAGCAUCGCAAAGGGUAACCACAUCUCUUUUGUGAAUGUAUAAAUUCGAUUUUUACAUAGGUAACUGAGGAAACUGAAACCAGUAAUUCAACUGUAUUUAGGUAGAUCUUCUAACUACUGUAAAUCUGAAUGAAAAAUGUAAGAAGUGUGUUUGACAAUGUCAUCUGAUGGAAAUAUACCUUGCAAAACACCUUGGAAUUGAUGACCUCACUCCAUGAUACUAAAGACAAUUAAAGCCAACCCCCUUCUAAUUUUCAGAGGUGUUUAUUAUAACAAUUUAAAAGUGGAAACUAAGUUAAAAAUACAGUAAACAUUGAAGUUUUUAUGUAUGAUUUAAUUUGUUUAUCUAGGGUGUAUACUUCUGUCAUUGUGAGCAUACUGAAUUCUUUGGUUACCAGUUACAGUUGUGGAAACAUCCUAUAAUAAAGGUUUACAGUAAAAGUUUUGUAAAUACAAAUUAAGUUUGCAGUACUGUAUAAAGCUUGUGAACAUAAGAAAGGAAUCUGUGUAGAAUUGGUAUGGAUUUUUAUAAAAAAAAAAAAAUUCCUAGGAAACUGAAAAUUCCAAAUAUUCCUGAUUUUCAUUUUGGAUAAGGACUCACCUUUUGAAACUUAACCUUGUUGGUUUCAGCCACAAUUUCCAUCAUGUAAAUACAAACCUUGUUUGUAAUCAAUCCUGUUUACUUAAUUUGUAUAUUUGAUGUAGAUUUCAGCAGUGUCACACUGACAGAUGAUGCUGGUAUGUGCUUCUGUUACAGGUGAACGUAGACUGUGUGGACAACCUUAAAUAAAAAAAACUUGCUUACCCAUAGGUUUUCAAGAAUAUUGAGUUAAUUUUUUGGUUUACUUGAAAGAUUUUCCCCUUUUUUUGUGUACCUCAAUACCAUGCUCAGAAAGUGAAUGUUGACUCUUCUUAAUGCUUAUAGUGAGCUGGUAGUGUUGUUAGUUUUUCCUUAAGUACAAAACUAUGGAAUAUGUAAACUUUUGCAACUAGUAUGUGCCAGCUUUUUGUCGACUUUAGUUUUCAAAUUUGUUUUUUAUCCAGAUAGUAAUAAUGUUUUCUGAGAGAAAUAGUCCAAUCAUUUUUUUUCAGUCAACGUUUGUUUUCCAUUAGCUGUGUUGAAUGCAUCGCAGUGCUUAUUAUCUUGGUUUAUGUAUUACAAAUGUUGUUCUUCCAUAUAUUCAUCAUUGUUUGGUAGCUUGUGGAAACUAUUGAAUUCGAAUACAGCUUUGGUUGCUGUAGCAUAGUAGUAUUGGCUGCAUGUAAGAUAGGUCAUAUGCCAUGCGGGUGUGCCACGUGAAGUCUAGCCUCAGUCUUUUAUGUGAUACGUGCUUGCUCUUAUGUGUGAUUACAGUCCAUAUUUAUUGUAGUGAUUUUGUAUGGUUUAUGAAUUAAAAGAUCUCUCUGUUAUUGAAAAGAAAUAUAUAACAACAUUUGU